UCCCUGCACAGGGAGCCUUGUUGGAGCCAAGUAAGGGGCCAUAUGCUAGAAACCAGCAAUAGCCACCAGCAGGGGGAGCUUGUUCUCAGGUUGUAGUGGGAGUAGACUGAAGGGAGGAUUUUAUCUGAGAGAUAAGGUGUGAUGGAUCCUGAGCGGCUCAUGCUGUGCCCCUAUGACAAAAACCACCAGAUCCGAGCCAGCCGGUUCCCCUACCACCUGGUCAAAUGCAGAGAGAACAAUAAGAAAAUAGCCAAAGAGCUGGCCACCUGCCCCUACAAUGCUCGCCACAAAGUCCCGAAGCGAGAGCUCCAGCUUCACAUCUCCACCUGCACUGACAACACAGCACCAGAGCUGUUCAGCGGGACAGCAAUGACUUUCAGCCCCAAGAAGGACUGGAAAGAGACCCCAAGAUCCUGGCAGGGCCCCCCCUGCCAAGAGGACUGGGAAGCAGAUGCAGACGCUGCUGCCACCUCUCCUUUUGUUCUUGGCUCCCAGGCAAACUUCACGCUAAGCCCAAGUCCAAGUCUUGGUGAGACCAGCUGGCGUGGAAACCAGCAAAUGCAGGACAAGAGCACCUCCGCAGCAGCGAGGGCUUCAAAGGGUCCCUGGAGAAAAGGUCAUUGGUGAGGCUCUUGCAAUGGGAAGGAACAGCUUGGUGACCAGCUGAAGAUUUUAAUCUUAAUCAGUAUUUUAAAAUUUUUUUAGAUCCCCACUGCCAGCUUUAGACAUUUCCUGAAAGUGCCUAGACUGGGAAAUAAAACCUUCUCUGUAUAAA